GGGAGUGUUUAGCACCAGACCCAUUGUAGGGAAUAGGGUACAUACAGGCUGAUCUCCUCCGGUCCCUUCUGCCUGCAGCAUGGAGAAGAACAGACUCCUCCAUUCAAGUCUUGUUCUUCUCCUCCUGGUCCUCCUGCCCACAGAAGCCUCGGGCUCUGCAAAACCACACUACAUGGUGCUGGUCCCCUCCCUGCUGCACACUGAGACCCCUGAGAAGGGCUGUGUCCUUCUGAGCUACCUGAAUGAGACAGUCACCGUACGUGCUUCCUUGGAGUCUCUCAGGGGAAACAGGAGCCUCUUCACUGACCUGGUGGCGGAGAAGGACUUAUUCCACUGUGUCUCCUUCACCAUCCCGCGGUCUUCGUCCAGUCAGGAGGUGAUGUUCCUCACCGUCCAGGUAAAAGGAUCAACCCAGCAAUUCAGCAGCCGGACCACAGUGAUGGUUAAAAACAAAGAGAGUCUGGUAUUUGUCCAGACAGACAAACCUAUCUACAAACCAAAGCAGACAGUGAAAUUUCGUGUUGUCUCAUUGGAUGAAGAUUUUCACCCCGUGAAUGAGUUGAUUCCACUAGUAUACAUUCAGGACCCCAAAAGAAAUCGCAUCGCACAAUGGCAGAGUCUCCAGUUAGAGAGCGGCCUCACGCAAUUGUCCUUUGCCCUCUCAUCAGAGCCCCUUCUGGGCUCCUACAAGGUGGUGGUACAGAAACAAUCAGGUGGAAACGUAGAGCAUCCUUUCACGGUGGAGGAAUUUGUGCUUCCCAAGUUCGAAGUGCAAGUGAUAAUGCCAAAGGUAAUCACCAUCUUGGAAGAAGAGAUGAAUGUGUCAGUGUGUGGCCUAUACACAUAUGGGAAGCCUGUCCCAGGACAUGUGACUGUGAGCAUCUGCAGAAAGUGUAAUAACCCUUCCACCUGCUAUGGCGAAGAGUCACAGGCGCUCUGCAAGACAUUCAGUCAACAACUGAACAGCCGCGGCUGCGUCUCUCAGCAAGUAAACACCAAGGUCUUCCAGAUGAAGAGGGAAGGGUAUCAAAUGAAACUGGAUGUGGAGGCCAAUAUCAAAGAAGAAGGAACAGGAGUGGAAUUAACUGGAAGAGGAUCCACUGAAAUCACGAGAGCCAUAACCAAACUCUCAUUUGUGAAAGUGAACCCUUACUUUAGAAAAGGGAUCCCUUUCUUUGGACAGGUGCGCCUAGUGGAUGGGAAAGGUGUCCCUAUGCCAAAUAAAACCGUCUUCAUCACAGCACAUGGAUCUGUCUAUAAAUUCAAUGCUACCACAGAUGAGAAUGGCCUGGCACCAUUCUCCAUCAACACCACCAGUGUUAUGGGCAUCUCUCUUACUGUACAUGUCAAACACAAGAAUCAAGAUGUCUGUGAUGACAACCAAUGUGUGUCAGAGGAAAAUGCAGAGGCUCAUCACACUGCUAAGCUCGUAUACUCCGUCAGCAAGAGCUUUGUGCAGCUCGAGACCAUGCCUGGUGAACUGCCCUGCGGCCAAACUCAGGCAGUCCAGGCAGAUUAUAUUCUGAAUGCACAGGCCCUGCAGGAGCUGAAGGAGCUUGUCUUCUAUUAUCUGAUAAUGGCAAAGGGAGGCAUUGUCCGAACUGGAACUCAUGUACUGCCUGUGGAACAGGGAGAUAUGAAAGGCCACUUUUCUGUGUCAGUCCCUGUGGGGUCAGACAUUGCUCCUGUCGCUCGGUUGCUCAUCUACGCCAUUUUACCUGACGGGGAAGUGAUUGGGGAUUCUGCAAUGUAUAACGUUGAAAAUUGUCUGACCAACAAGGUGGAUUUGAGCUUUAGCCCAGCGCAAAGUCUCCCAAGCUCACCCGUCCACCUGCGAGUCAGGGCGUCGCCUCAGUCGGUCUGCGCCCUCCGGGCCGUGGACCAGAGCGUGCUGCUCAUGAAGCCCGAGGCCGAGCUCUCCCCGUCCUCGGUGAGUUCCCGGCAGCCCACGGGACCAGCAAGGGCCAUGGGGGCUCGGACAAGGAGAAAUGCCUAUCUGAGGAGGAUAAGAUCUAUUAAAAUUACAUUUAUCUAGGAGCUAGCAGGUUUG